CACUUUCACUAUCUACAGCCCCCCUUCCCAUUAUUCAAUCCGAAGUCAUACACAAUGACUUCUGAUGUGGAUUCAGAGUUCGAGUCCGAAAUCAAAGAUCUAAAGCAUACGCUCCGAACCGCAGACUUGGAGCUCAGCCUCGAACGCAGCAAACACUCAGUCGAGAUCGUCGCUAAGGAUGAGGAAGUUCGGAAGUUGCGGGUAGCCCAGUGCCUAUUGCAGGAUCAGAGUAGCGAACUCCGGGAACAACUCGAGGAAGAGCAAGAGCGCUCCGAUGCUCUGGAAACCGCGCUGGAUGGGGCACUCAUGCAAUUAGACGAGCAAGCCGCGGUGGCGGAGAUGGCCCAAAACCAGAUCCGCACGCAAUCGCGUGAAGUCGCCAACCUCAAGGCCGAGCUUAAAGCUAUGGAGAAUGUUACUUCUGACUCGAAUAAGAUUCUCUCCGAGAAGCUCUCACUCAACCGCGAACUCUCCUCCCUCCGCCCUGAGGUUGAACACUUACGCGCCCAAGUCGAAUCCAACCAAGGUCUACUGUCCGAGAAAUUAUCUCUACAACGUCAGUUGAAUACUGCGCAGGUCGAGCUGGAGAACGAAAAGCGCAUGGCUGCGCGCGCUAUUGCUAAGCAAGAGAAGAAGAUGGAGCAAGAUGAGGAAUUGCGCACUGAAAUGGAGGAGCUUCGCAAGGAGUUAGCAAAGGAAAGGAAGGAUCGCUUGAAAGUCGAGGCUACACUUGCAAAGACCGAGAAAGCUGUCGAGAAGACACAGGCAGAUCUCGAAGCCCAACAACAAGCCACUGAGCGCGUUCAGGCCAAGCUGGAGAAGGCCGCAAAGAAAGAGGCCGCUGCUGCGAGCAAACACUCAGAGGAGCAGGAUGCUGCAUUGGAGAAACUUGGCGAUGAAUUGGCGAACGAAAAGGCUGCUCGUAUAGCCGCAGAAAAGGCCAACAAGAAAUCAGGAAACAGCGAUGCCGAACUAGACAGACUGCGAACAGAGCUCGAAACGGAGAGACAACGACGCCAACAACUUUCCAAGACCAUGAAGAAAAGCAGUCAAGAAGACGGAUCCGUAUCUGACGACCUUAAAAAAGAGUUGGAAGAAGAGAAACGUGAGCGCAAGCAGCAAGAGAAGGAGUUUUCUAAGACGCUGGCGGAAUUGCAGGGUCGCAACACGGUGCUGGACGACAAGCUUAACGCCUUCCGAGAGAAAUUACGUUCGACAAAGGAGAAACUCAAGGAGAAGGAAGCUGAGCUCGAGAAGAUGGAGCGAGCUCAAACGGUGCCUCCUAUAAGAACUACCCGCGAAACCUCGGUCAAGCCCGCAAAGAACGCUCGCAAACGCGUUGCCGCCUCUGUCGAGCCCGAGACUAAUCUAGGCACCCCAGGAAAUGGCUUCCCAGCUAAAAAGACAAAGCAUAUCGCGUCCUCCUCAGUCGGCGACACCUCAACCUUUUCACUCACACCGUUCCUCAACCGCACCUCAAGCGUUGCACCUGGCGAGACCAUCAUUGAAGAGGAAGAUGAGAACAUGGAAGCUGGCGCUCAAGAGGCCACACCAACUGCUCCACCCAAGAAGGCACCAAAGAAAGCAGUGGAACCCAAAAAGGCACUGGCACCCUCCGCAUCUAACAAGGCAAACGCAAAGCCUCGCAAAAAGGCAACUGCAACAGCUCUGGAGAUGGUUACAGAGGAAGUCUCGGAUAUCUCGUCAUCCAAAGACAACUCGGAGAAUGCGCCUGUUACUGUACCUCUCAAAUCCGCCGAUGAUGGUGAUGCUCCAAAGGACAAGUCGCUCAAGCCCAAAGUCAAGCCUCGCAAGUCCCUCAUGUCUUUCGCAACAUUCACGGAAGAGCCCGCCGCCGAGAAGAAAAAGAAGCGCAAACUAGGCGCUUCCUCUACCAAUGGGGGAGGACUAGGUAAGACGCUGUUCGACGCUGAAGAAGAGGAUGCCGCCCCCGCCAAGGCUACAUCUAGCAAGGGCAUCUUCGCUGCUAGAGCUAUAGGCAAGAGCAUGUUGGGUAAAGGCAGGGCUCAACAGGGACCAAUCAGCGGUGGAUAUAAUAUGAUGAGCGAGGAAGGCUUCUCGUUCAGUCCGCUCAAGAAGGAUCGGAGGAGUGUCAGCAUCCUCAAAUAA